AAAGGAGAAAUUGUUUUGGUGAACAAUCAUUGAAACCGAGAUGUUCCACUAGCAAAAAAGCCUUGUUCACCAUCUGCGAACAAAUAGAAACAUAGCCCUGAGGUGUGCCUGCAGCAGCAGGGCCAUGAUGUCUUUUCCAGCAAACCUUUUGGUGGUUUAUCUGGCUAUGAUGCUCACUGGAGUGGCCCGAUUCCGGAACGGGACAGUGGCUGAGAGAAUCGAGCUGAUGAUUGAGGUGGAGGAUGAGAACGACAACCCACCUGUUUUUGUGCCAGUGCCUGCAGCUAGAGUCAUUGAGUCGAGCCCAGCUGGCACUCUGGUGGCCCAGCUGAACGCAACAGAUGCUGACAAGAUCAACACGCUCCACUCAAAGAUUGCCUACAGCAUUAUAAAGCAAGAGCCCAUAGACAGCUCCAACCAUUUCUACAUAGAAAGAGGCACAGGAUUAAUCUAUGUCACAGAUGCAACCUUAGACAGAGAGCGAGUGAGUUUCUAUUCGUUGACCAUCGAGGGAGCCGACAUGGACGGAGCGCCGGGGGGGAAUACCGCCACUGCCACGGUCAAUAUCGAGGUGACAGACAUCAACGACAACAUACCAACCUUAGAGGAAGAUGAGUACUCGUGCAGCAUUGUUGAAAACGUAGCCCACAUAGAGGUUAUCAGACUGAAAGCGCUGGACCUUGAUGAGGAAAACACAGAAAACUGGCUUGCUGUUUUUGAUAUUAUCACUGGAAAUGAUGACAACAUUUUUAGCAUUAAAACUGAUCCUGUAACCAACGAAGGAAUUCUCUGGCUGGAAAAGGUAGUUAUGCGCCUUGCUUCACCUGCUGUUGGUUUGGGCGGCACUACAGAAGGGGGCGGGGGACUAGGACCAGAGGGGGCAGCCUUCACACCCAAAGUAAAGUCUCUGCAAGUCUCAGAGAACCCAGACUCAGAUAUAUUGGCAGAAGUAAUCGGCAUCUACUCAGCUACUGAUGAAGAUUCUGGAAAGCCUGCAGAGAAUGUCCAAUAUGCCAAAGGUGAGGACAAGGACAACUGGCUGAAUGUCGACCCUGUAACAGCAGAGAUUCGAAUUAAUAAGGUCCCAGACAGAGAAUCCCCAUUCUUGAACAAUGGAACGUACUACGCUACAAUACUUUGCUUGUCACAUGAUGUUCCCUCCAAGACAGCAACAGGGACCAUAGCAAUUCAUGUGGCAGAUGCCAACGACAAUUGCCCCACAUUGCCCAAGAACCUGGAAGACAUCUGCUCCAACAAUCAGGUGGUUAUAGUUACAGCAACGGACAACGAUGCAGAGCCCAACGGUGGCCCAUUUCUUUUCAGCAUUGUACCUAAAGAAACCACAGGAUUAUGGGGUCUUGAACCACGCACUGACUUAGAUCUAGAAGACCCACAGUUUGAAUUCUGA